CAAGCCACUGCACUCCAGCCUGGGUGACAGUGUGAGACUCCAUCUAAAAAAAAAAAAAGAAAGUUUGACAACUUUGAGUAUAAUAUUUGUGCCUGUGUGUGGACGGUGUUUGUGUGGCUGUGUGCGCCGCGGGAUGCUGCCUGCCUUGCUGAGUGGUGGUGUGUGUCACACCAUGUGUGUGGUGUCUGGGUGUGGCUGUGGGUUUCAGAGCUUGCUGGGAGUUGUGAGUCACUCUGUGUAGGUUGUGUUGUGUGCCAUGGUGUGUUAGUCUCCGUCUUGGGCCGUGAAAUGUCCUGCAGUGUCUGGGUGUGGUGAGUGGAGGUGUGUGUCACAAGGUACAGACCGUUGUGUGUGACAAAGCCCAUUGUGUGUCCGUGUGUGUCUUUCUCCACGUGGAUGUAUGUAUCUUCUUCGCUCUGCCCCAAGACACACCCCUGCCCCUCCUUAGUCUUGAAAGGGGGGGCUGGGGAGCCUCCCCCUACCCCUGCCCCUGCCCCUCCCCGCCCUGCCUGGCCGUCACCACUCCCCAGAGGGCACAGGGCUCUGCUGUGCCUCAGAGAAAAAGUCCCGGAGCCAGCAGAGCAGGCUGACGACCUGCAAGCCACAGUGGCUGCCCUGUGCAUGCUGCGAGGUGGGGGACCCUGGGCAGGAAGCUGGCUGAGCCCCAAGACCCCGGGGGCCAUGGGCGGGGAUCUGGUGCUUGGCCUGGGGGCCCUGAGGCGCCGAAAGCACUUGCUGGAGCAGGAGAAGUCUCUGGCUGGCUGGGCACUGGCGCUGGCGGGAAUUGGCAUCGGACUCAUGGUGCUGCAUGCAGAGAUGCUGUGGUUCGGGGGGUGCUCGGUGAGUGGGGCCUGGUGGCUGCGAGCUGGGACUCCUGGGUCUGAGGGAAGAGGGACUGAGGGUCAGGACUCCUGGGCCUGUUUGCUUGUCUGUCAACUGGGGAUGGCUGUACUUGCCUUCUGUGGCUGUUGGGCAGGUUUAGGAGGGAGUUGGUGGCACAUUCUCAUGCCACAGGGCCUGUUCUGCCCACAGGGGGUCUGCUGCACAGCACUGCUGGUGGCCGUGGUGGCCCGGAAGUUGGAGUUCAACAAGGCAGAGAAGCAUGUGCAUAACUUCAUGAUGGAUAUCCAGUAUGCCAAAGAGAUGAAGGAGUCCGCUGCCCGAGUGCUGCAAGAAGCCUGGAGGUUCUACAAACAUACUCGCAGGAAGGAGUCCCGAGCCGCCCGCAGGCAUCAGCGCAGGCUGCUGGCUGCCAUCAGCACGUUCCGCCAGGUGCGGCUGAAACACAGGAAGCUCCGGGAACAAGUGAACUCCAUGGUGGACGUCUCCAAGAUGCACAUGAUCCUGUAUGACCUGCAGCUGAAUCUGAGCAGCUCACACCGGGCCCUGGAGAAACAGAUUGACACGCUGUCGGGGAAGCUGGAUGCCCUGACUGAGCUGCUUAGCACAGCCCUGGGGCCGCGGCAGCUUCCAGAACCCAGCCAGGAGGCCACAUAGCUGGACCCAGGGAGGAGGAAUCAGGCUACUUUCCCCAGGACUGAGGUGAUGGACACCCUCUCUGCCACUCCUGACCCAGCCCUGAACAAAGCACCUCAAGUGCAAAGAGCAAAGGGGGCCCUGGCUUGGAGUGGGUUGGCUCGCUGACGGCUGCUGGAGGGGAUGCUGGCUGAAGUGGGGAGGCCCUGGCCCACCUGAGACCGCAGGUGGGAACAUGGUCACCGCCACUCUGCACACCCUCAUUCAAAAACACUCUCACUAUGCUGCUAUGGACGACCUCCAGCUCUCGGUUACAAGUGGAGGUGCCUGGAGGCUGGACUCCUGGGUCUCUGGGGAAGAGGGCACUGGGGGCCCGGAUCCAGGAUUCUGGGAGGCUUCGGUUACCGCUGGCCGAGCUGAAGCACUGGAUAUGAGGCUGGGGUGGGACAGGAGGUGGCACACCCUGGCGGAACAACAAAGAGGACACCAUUUUCCCAGAGCUGCAGAGAACACCUGGCGGGGGAGGAAGAAGUGUAACUCACCAGCCUCUGCUCUUAUCUUUGUAAUAAAUGUUAAACAAAGCCAGAA